AUGAGUCAACUUAGAAGUGAUAUAUUAUAUAGCCGUAAAGUUAGAGAAGCUCAUAAAUAUGAAAAAGAAAAUAAGGAUGAUCAUAAUAUAAGUAGUGAUGAGAAUGAGGAUAAUAAACCAAGUAAUAAAGAAGGUGUUGAAAUAAUUUAUGAAGAUGAUGAAAACCAAUUUGAAGAUGAAGAUGAUUAUAUUUUUUCUUCUUCAGAAUGGGACCACAAUUUUAGUUUGGCAGGAUAUACUAUACAUCCUGCUGAUGAUGAAAAUGCAAAAUGGCCUCUAGAAUCUUUAUGUAUCCCUGAUUUAGAGCCACCUUCAUUUUUAGGCAAUGAUCAAAUUUUUACAAAUGCAAAAUGA